CCCAACCAAAGUACCAAACAGAACACACAGAGAGAGAGAGAGAGAGAGAGAGAGAGAGAGAGAGAUGGGAAAGUUGGAGAAGAUGUAAAGGUUGUAACUUGUAGUGGUAGACCUGGCUGGCAAUGGUGGGUGAGAGUGUUAGUGUGUGCGUGCUGUGUACUGUUCAUAUUGGAAACUAAUAUUUGUGACUUUGUUGAGUGAAGAGUCCUUUCUUUGUGGUUGUUUUAGUUAUAAAGCUUACACAGCAAAGCCAAAGAUCAAGGAAAGAGAGGGACUUGUACGGACAUAGAUUAUAGAUACAACCAAAGACAUCAUCCUAAGACAUAUAUAGUUUGAGAAAGAAAAAGAGAGAGAGAGAGAGAGAGAAUGUAUUGUGGGGGGUUUCAAGAGAGGAAACAUGUCCAUGUUCGUCCCAACACCACUGUUCUUUGCUUCUUCUUCAUGUCUUAGUAGAUCCCAAAGCUAAUCUCAAAUUGAGCCAAAGUAACCUGCUUACAGUUAAGGAUCUUUUGGCUUUGGCAUCAAAUUCAGAAAAAAAAAUUGACAGACAUCUAAACUUUCCCAAGAAAAAUUCUUGACAAAACCUGUUCAUGCAAUGCCCCAUCUCACUGUUAAAUGCUCAUCGUGGUGGAAUUCAAAUGAACAGAAAAUUCCAUCGUCUUCAUCCAAGACUGCAAGCUUGAAAAUGGAUUCUCCACAACAACAAAUUCAUGAAGCAAAACAUUUAGGUCUUCAACUACCAGACCAGGAAUCAUCCACAAUUCAAUUUACUGGUCAGUCUCACCAUGAAGUGGGUGCUGUGGGAGGGACCAAUUCUCAAGGUCAAUGCAUUUCAUCAGAAUCAGAUCAAGAUGAAGGUUGUGGCAAUGCCAAAGGUCAAAUGAAGGCAGGUUUUUUGUUGAAUAAUUCAGAUUUUAUGUUCAAUCCCUCACAAGUUGCUCAUAGCUAUUCAAUGGCUCGUGUUCCAUAUCCUUAUGCUGAGCCAUGCUUUGGUGGGUUGUUGACUGCUUAUGGACCACAAGCAAUUAUGAUGGGGAUGGCACCUGCACGAGUCCCACUGCCACUUGAUUUUACGGAUUAUGGACCCAUUUAUGUCAAUCCAAAACAGUACCAUGGAAUCCUCAGAAGGAGACAGUCACGUGCAAAACUUGAGGCUCAAAACAAACUUGUCAAAGCUCGAAAGCCAUAUCUUCAUGAGUCUCGGCAUCGUCAUGCAUUAAAUAGGACUAGGGGAACUGGUGGACGCUUUCUCAGCACAAAAAAGGGGCAAAAUCCUGAUCCAACCGCCACUAGUAGCAACCAUUAUGUCUCGGACACUGAAAAUAUAUCAGACUUUGAUAGUAGUCAAUUUGGAACCCAUCAACAUGUUGGUUCCAUUACAGCCUGCUCUGACAUCACUAGUGUCUCCAAUAGAAAUGGUAAGAAUGCCUAUCAGCAGCCGGGUCACAGGUUCUCAGGCCUGUCUCCCCACUUGGGUGGAGCCAUGCAAUGCAAUGGGAGCCUUGUGUCUGGUGGCACCCAACACUGUGCUUCAGUUGUCCGGUGAGGAUACACUGUACCUCAGUCGUCCGGUGAGGAUAUUGGGAAGCACACGAUUACCAUUUCACUGGUCUGGCAAUUCAUCCUUGGCUUUGUCACUUAAACUUUCUAUAUGCUAUUAUAAUAUGCUUGAUUUCAAAUUGCGUAAGAGACGCCACCAUGUACUAGGUUUAUCUAUCUGCUUCCUGCUACUUGCAUUGCAUGUAUUGUGAGAAUAAUCACAUGGCUGUAAGGAGAGGCUGUGCUUGU